CUUGCGGUUCAACUCUCAACUUUCCCCACCUUUUAUAUAUCCUUUUCACUCGGAUUUUCUGUAAAAAAGAAAACAAAUAAAAACAAAAAAAAAAAAAACCAGAGCUUAAUUAUCUUUGCUUGAACAACUUGCAUGUUCAUAAAGCUCAGACGAACGAACAAGAACUAGUUUGAAAGGUGACAGAGUCUUUCAAUAUCAAUUUCUCGCCGAAAUCUUCAAAGGGCCUCCAUAAUUUUCCGAGAAAAAAUCUGGGUAAGCCGUGAUUUUUCGUUUAAGGGUGGGUGGGUACAUGUGUUUGUCUAUAAAGGUGGCGAACCGACGAGAUUCCGGCGAAUAUGCCAGGUUUCCGGCAACGGGGAGUGGGGAAGAAUCGGCUUCGGCUUCAGCUUCGGCUUCGGCUUCGGAAGGCGCGUCCGAGUCGUUCGAUGAAAUGAUUCGACGGGAGAUACAACAGGAGGCGGAUUACUUGUUAUCGGCGGCGGCGCCUGCGCCGCCGCCGAUGUUCUCCGGGUAUGGACAGUCCGGGGAGAUGACGGCGGUGGUGACGGCGCUGACGCAAGUUAUGUCCUCCCAGAGGUCAGCCGGAGAACAGUGGAGGUUUGGCGGCGCCGCCGCGGCUCCUUCGUUGGCCGGCAGGUAUUCCGUCAAUUCGCCGUCGUCUACUUACUCGUCGACGAGCUCUAGCUCCGGCGCCGGUCAGAAACGGAGACGUGAACAGGAAGAAAGUGUUAGUCAGAUUCCUGAACAUGUUCAAAGGGUUUACGGAGGGUUUGGAGAAUUUAGAACUCCGGCUGAAACAACCUCGUCCUCUGUUAAAUCUGAGGAAGGUGGUGGCAUUGUGAGGCCGCCGCCGGCGGCCGAGACUGCGGCGGCGACCGGCUCCGCCGCCGCUACGUCGGAAGAUCAAGAAACGGGAGAAAGGAGGAGAAGAUACAGGGGAGUGAGGCAGAGGCCGUGGGGGAAAUGGGCGGCGGAGAUAAGGGACCCACACAAGGCGGCGAGGGUUUGGCUGGGGACGUUUGACACGGCGGAGGCGGCGGCGAGAGCCUACGACGAAGCCGCCCUGAGGUUCCGGGGAAACAGGGCAAAGCUCAACUUCCCGGAGAACGUGCGACUAAUGCCGCCGCCGCCGCAGCCACGGCCGCAAGCGGCGGCGACGAGGCUGCACGCGCCGGCAAUCGCUUCGCCGCGGCCGCCGCUAAUGCUCCCAGCGCCGCCGCACGCGGCGGUUCACGGCGGCGCCGGCGGAAUCUCCGGCGACUACUGGGAAUACUCUCAGCUGCUCCAAAACCCCGGCGAGCUCCUCAGCCAGCCGCCAAGAAGCUUGCUAGAGCAAAUGUACUUUGCGUCAUCAAUGGCGGUUUUGCAUUCUCAUUCAAUGCCUAAUUCAUCAUCCGCCGCCUCUGCUUCGCCCUCCUCAUCUUCUUCAUUUCCCCUGCUCUUCUCCGCCGCCCAACCGUCCACCGAAUCGAGCUUUUUCCGGCCACCGUCCACUCAAAGUCCGGCGACAAGUUCGAAUUUCCGGCCACCAUUCUGGACUAGCUCUGCCCAUUAUCCCCCCUCUUCUAGUUAAAACUUCUCUAAAGGCCUCUUCUUUAAUUUUUCCCUUCAUACAAAAAAGAUAUAAUUUUUUUUUUCCAUUUUAUUAUGAAAUAUAUCAUUUUCAAUUUUUGGGGAAAGAAUUAAAGGAAGGAAAAAAUAUCAUACAAUUAUUGGGUAAAUUUAUGCAUUUAUUAUAUUCUUAGCUUGUUCCAAUUUUUUGUUUGAUAGAUUACUUAGCAUUGGAAUAUGACUAUUUCGAUUAAUGUUAUUUGAAUCAUAUUUUAUUUAA